CCUGGGGUUAUUCUUCCUUAGGCCACUACUGAUGGAGCUACGUACCAAGCGAGCCAGUUUUUUCUGUCCACCGCACCGCACGCCACACACUCGUUAAGCCAGUGCCAAGUUGCAAACACGAGAAGUCGUCAGUAAUAAAUUACUGUUUUUUACCGCACUGAGAACAGUCACCGCCGCGCAGCCAACUAAUUUAUACGUAAAAAUAAACAUUAAUCAGCAAUAAUCGCAGUUGUUAGCGGCCGAAUACAAACGCCCCGCCCGAUCGCACCACAUCAUAGCCCAGACAAAAUGUUCGCUGUGAUGCAGAUUGACGAAGACCACACACGGGAUUUUAGGCGCAAGCUGCGACCGAAAUGCGAGUUUGUUUGCAAGUAUUGCCAACGUCGCUUCACGAAGUCUUACAACCUGAUGAUACAUGAGCGCACGCAUAAGAGCCCAGAACUGUCCUUCAGCUGCGAGGUUUGCGGGAAGAGUUUCAAACGGCAGGACAAUCUACGCCAGCACAGAUGUAGUCAAUGCUUGUGGCGGUGAAGGUGAUGGAGUAAGCACGAUCCAACUACAGCGGUCUCUCUUACACAAUAGAAGAAAUCCAUUACAACUCAACAAGGGAGACUGCUUAUCUAAGAUGGUGAUGCCUAACCACCACCAAAGUGACGUCACCACAAAAAUUGGAAUUAAUAUUUUUCUUCUUUAUCAGUAUUCGUGCUUCUUCAUUAACUUCGCCAGAAUGGGAAAUUGCAAUUUGGUUAUAACGUUAAGGGUGUUAGCAUUUCGGUUCCAUGAUAUUCCAAUUUAAAUUAUAUUUGUGAUACAUAAAACCUCUACGUGGUGUGGUGGCAUAAAAUUGUUACAAAUAAUCAUACAAAUGCAUAAUUUAUUUCUUCUUUUCUUGAUUUUCUGAUUGAGUACUGAAGAAUUUGAUCAAUUAUUUCGAUUUUUGUCUUUUUUUUCAUGCAUUUAUAUGGUUAUUUGGAAAACUGUUGACAGAAUACAGCUGAACAUUCUGGUGAUUUGUAAAUAGUAUUUAUUAGGUUAAGAUAGCGAUUAAACAGCUUAACUGCUUAGCUAUAUUUUAAUGUAAAGUAAUAUUUAUAUUAUAUUUAAAAAUAUUGUUAUUACUUUUAAGCGCCUAAUACGUAGAACGUAUGUUCUAAGCAUUCCAGUUAACAAAAAUGUUGAAGAAAAGAUCGUAUUUAUUAAUCAGUAAUUUGUAUUUGACAUUUCACGUAUUAAUGUAUAUUUUGGUCGUUCCUAAAAAUGAGUUAGUGUAUCAAUAGGUACUUGUAAAGAUGUAUCGAGUUGUAUGUCUUGUUUGAAUUGUUAAUGUCAAAAGUUGCACUUACGAUAUUUUACAUGUUUUAUAAAAGGAAACUGUUUAAAAGAUUUGUUUUGUUUAUAAACAUUUUAAUGAUUUUUGUACUUUUGAUAUUAACGAUUAAUUGGAAAAGGAAGCCAUACUAUGAAGAAAUGAUUAUAAUUAAUUACUAUAGUUUUGCUCUAGUUUAUCCACGUAUUAAAUCUUAUAAUUAAGCAUCAUCUUCAUCAAGCUUUUAGUAAUUUUCUGUCUCGAAAGAUCAAAGUACGUUGUGAUUAAUUACUUUGAUUUAUAAGGUUUUUUAUUACACUUUGUAACAUUCGACAUGGAAAAUUAUAUCUUAAAACCAUUGGCUUCCAGUGAACUUUGCCAUAUUUCGAUGCUUUUGCGAAAUACAUGCGGUAAGGUUAUUAAAAAUUAUAUUUCACGUUAUAAUUGUCUGUAUACACGAUAUAUAAAUAUGUUAUAUAUGAAUUGUCAUAUAAGACAGUAGCUAAACCGCUUUAUGCUUUAAUAAUUAUAUAAAAACUAGAGAUGGUAAAAUAUCCCAUGUGCCAAUAAAUGGACAGGAGUCUGUCGUUAGCCAUAUUUUGACAUAGUUUUUAGAUGUAUAAAAUUAUAUUUAAUAUUUUUUGACUACUUAUAUUAUAUGUAUGUAUUCCUUUUAUGUGUAGAUCGAUGGUAAUAAA